AUGACCAGCAGUGGUGAGGAGUUCUACGACAUCAUCCACGUCAACCCGGAGCGCAACCUGCCGGCGCACUUUGACUGGCGCGAGAAGAUCCGCAUGCCGGCGGCCAUUAAUCAGCACACCUGUGGCGCCUGCUGGGCCUUCGCCGCGGCGACCACCAUCGAGACGCAACUGGCCUUCCGCCACAACAUCCACGUCGAGCUGAGCAAGCAGGAGCUGGUCGACUGUACCCGACACGCCAGCGGCUACCAGAACAACGGCUGCCACGGUGGCUUUCCCUGGGAGGCCUUCCGCUUUGCUCAGACGCACGGUCUGGUCGAUGAGCACUCCUACCCCUACCGAGGACUGGACAACGAGGCCUGCCUGGACAGUCGCAUGGGCGGCCACCAGCGCUACCACGUCAACGGCUUCCACCGCCUCGGACUGAACGCCGCCGAUGAGGCGCUAAUGACGGUGAUCAAGAACCACGGCCCCGUCUCCGUCCACAUUAUGGCCCACUUUGAUGCCUUCAAGCACUACAGGUCGGGCAUUCUGCGAAACAUCUACCCCGGAACGACGCACAUCACGCACGCCGUUGCCAUCGUCGGCUGGGGCAACGAGCACGGCAUCGACUACUGGGUCAUGCGAAACAGCUGGGGACCGAACUACGGCGAGCACGGCUACGUCCGCGUCGAGCGUCACCACAACAACAUUGGCUUGAACAACUACGUCAGCUUCCCGGUGGUCAACUAG